UUAAGAAGUGGUUUGGAGACCACAAGGGUAAGUGUUGAUUUAAAUUUGGAGAAUCAGGUCAGUAUAUCUGAGAUUGCUUCUUCUUUUGAUUCUGAAUUAGAAUCUGAAACUGAGGUAAUUGUUUCUCCUGUCAAAUCACAUAAUAACAUGGCAACUUUAAGGGAACUAGCUACACCUGACCUUCAGACUCAGCCCAUGUCCAUUACUUAUGCUGUUCUGGAAAAACCAUUGAAAUUAAACUCUGGAUUUUUGAAUAUGCUUCCCAAGUUUCAUGGCCUGCCUGGUGAAGACCCUUAUAGACAUGUUAAUGAGUUCCUCAUAACAUGUGCAGCCAUGGAACCUGAAGGAGUUCCUCAAGAACAAAUCAGACUUAGGGCCUUUCCCUUUUCAGUGAUGGAUAGAGCAAAAGAUUGGCUGUACUAUAUGCCUCCUGGAUCUUUUACAACCUGGCCAUCACUGCAUAGGGCAUUCUUAGAGGAAUUCUUUCCUGCCUCUAGAAUAGGAUCUAUUAGGAAGGAUAUCUGUGGGAUAAAACAAAUGGGGAAUGAAUCAUUUUCUGAAUAUUGGAAGAGAUUCAAUAAACUCUGUGCUAGUUGUCCUCAGCAUCAAAUCUCUGAACAGCUGCUCAUCCAGUACUUCUAUGAAGGGUUAUCCCUAAUGGAUAGAAGUAUGGUAGAUGCUGCUAGUGGUGGUGCUCUAGUUACUAAGACCCCAGAGG